CUCACUUGUGGCUUUUGUAGUUACAGAGGGUAGCAGGUGUACUCUGUGAUAAACACCAUCCCUUUUGGUAGAAUUUUUUUCUUUUACAAGCCCUGACUCCAAUUCUGUGAAAAAUCAGAAGAUCAAAUCCUUAUGUGGAAAGUAUGAAUUAGCUACCUAGCACAGUUUUCAAAGUCUAAAUAUAAACUAUGAUGUGGUUGAGCAGCACACUUUAUUAGAUGAGGCUAUUUAUGUCUUUGCAACUAAUGAAGAUACAAAGUUGCAACUCUAUCAUAUCAAGCUCUUUAUCAUAUCACAGCAUAACUCCUCAGUGUGUUGUAUAUCUUAGGUUUCUCUCUUUCUCUAUUUUCAUGUGAAUAUUGUUAACAGAAAUAUAUCUAAUGAUUGUCUGGUUUUAACCACUAAGGACAAAAUAAAACUUGUAGACUAUCUCACUAAGCUAGAACAACAGAAAAUUUCUCCCUCAAUAGACUUUUUAAGCCAGUAAUUUCAGACAAAUUUUUUCUCCCAUGAGGCAUUUUUUUACCCUCUUUACAUAGCGAAUUCCAUGCUAUCUUUCCUUUCUUAUGAGCAGCUUCAUCUGUUCAUGCAUUUGCCUAGCUCCAAACCAGUGGGAAUACAGUUUGUAUCUUCCAGCAUGGAGAAAUGUUUCUUGUCAAGAUGCAGCCAGGAGGUAGAUAGCAAAUAGCUUCAGCCAAUGAUGUGUGGUGGGCUACUGCUGACAGAUAUGGCCUCAUACUGGCCACACGUUAUUUCUCUGUAGUCAGAACCUUCCAUUUCUCCAAUGAAUGCUUCAUCCUGGACAUGAAGAAUUGCAGGCAUGAGGCAAAAGGCAAUAUAUGUGCAAGGUUAAUUUCCUCUAAAGUGGCUUGUAAAUUCUUUGUAAUUGUAAGUGCUUGGUUGCUCUACUGCCACUGUACUUUUCUUCGCUUCUUUCAGAGCAAAUCCAUUCUGAAUUCACGUGUUUCUAUGUAAAUUGUCUGUAUUUUGUAUGUUUAACUGCAGCAACCUGUCCUAACUUAUGAGCUUUGCCAUUAGAAAGGACACAUAUUUCACAUAUUCAUAUUUCAGAGGUAGGUCCUCACUUCUCUGCAGUGAAAUGUAGGUGUGAGGCUUCUUUUUUUAUUAUUAACCUUAUUAUGUACCUGACAUACAUUUCAUCUCCUUUUGUCCUUGGGAAAAAAAAUUAUCUGAGUGGGAUUGGAAGACUUUUGAAUUGUCAUGGUCAUUGGGAAGAUUGAUAUAUUUUCCUUGCUUUUUUUCCCUACUUCUUUCUUCUCCUCAUUUUAAGCCUGCAGCUGUCUCUGGGCAAGCAGUAGCGUUCAGGGAGUGUCAUAGUUUUUGCACUCAUAUUACCGUUCAUACAAAAAGAAGGAACUGUUAUCAGCUUAGCAGCUCUCCACAAGGUUGUGCAGUCUACAUCUUCAGAAAAACUAUAUUUAAUUCUUGGCAUUUCUAGAAAGGUCAGGAAUUAAAGCAAAAUAAAGUGUUUCUAGAACUGAGUAUGCAAAAAAGAAAAGCAGAAUAUCUAUGUGUCCAAUCAUUCCUCUUUAAGAAAGAAGUUAUCAAAUGAAGGGUAUACUGAUCUUGAGUUGCAUUAAAAAGCUAAUAAAGAUAAUUAAACAUGUGUUAUGCAUUUAGAUUUAUGCUAUAAGACAUAUAGUAUAUGUCUUAUAUGUUUCUGUUGCAAUAUAGUUUUUUUUUUUUUGUUGUAGUAUAGUUUUACUUGAAAUGGUCUAACACCACAGACAAAUUAUUUCUAGACAGAAAUAAUAUAUCUUAUUUUCCAGCUUCUAUGGCUGGAAAUAAAGGAUGAAUUUGGGGUACACUGAGGAGCCAAAGAAUUAUACAACAUAAAGGUAAUUGAUCUUUUCCAAAAUUGUUAGUCUACCUUAGGUACUUACAACAUUUAUCUGACUUCUUUUUUCUGUAGUAGUGGUGGAUCUGUUAUCAUGUUGGUAUGAGCUAAAAGGAGCAGAAAUAGAAACCAGUAAUAUAGAAAUCAGUAAUAUUCUCUAAAUUUAAACUCAUGUUUGUCUGAGACUCCUUCUAUCUCUGGAGAGUCAGUGAUGAACUUGGGUGGGUGGUUGCAUCAUACAAGAUCUAAUAGUGAAAAAUAAAUUUAAAAAUAUCUAAGGUAUUAUAAUCAAAAUUUUCAAGCCUGAGUAGGUGUUAUCAUACAGUAAAAUACUAUAAAAUAACUUGAUAGUCUGGCACACAGAGAUUCCAUAGGAUUCCAAAGGUUUGUACAGAUUUUGUGGAAUUUCAGUGGCUCAGGACAUAUGAAAACCUUUUAUAUUUAAUUACUUCAUUUCUUUGGUAGGAAGCUGAACCAUGCUAAGGGACAUGCUUAAGAGUCAUUGUCCAUUUUUGACUUGAGUAGCGAGCCAAAUUCAAGGUAUUAUAAAAGUUGUUGCCAUUAGUGCAGGGAAACUGAUAAGUGACUCAAAUAUUUCCUUAAUUCUCUUAUAACACCCCAACAUGUUUAUACAGUUUUUCUCAUCAAGAUAUUUCCCAUCACAAACCUGAAAAAGUUUUACUUUCAUUUGAGCUUUACCUUGACAGUUUUUGUCACUUACUUUAAUUUUGUUGGAAAGGAUUCCUUUCAUGAAUUCAUUAACAAUGUUUCCAUAGAGUCUGUUCUCUGAAAGUUUUUCUUAUACUUAGAAACUUAUUCACAUCUCAGGGCUUUUCCUCUUAGUUUCUACAUUCAUGUUCCCAGUUUUAUGGUAUCCUCAUCCACAGAUUUUCCCCCUAUUUUACCUCCUUAGAUGAUCCUUCCUAAUUUUCAGCUUAGUCUUUGAACCAGCUACAGUGCUCAAUCAUUCAUUUGCUUGGUAAUUUAAAGAUGCUUUGGGUUCUUAUUACAGUUUGUUCCAUUUAUUUAUGCCACAAAAAUACUGUUUCUAAAAGAUUUUCCUUUUCUCUAAAAACUUACUGGAAUUAUUCAUUUGCAAAUGUCUCAGGCGUUCCUUUUCAAAAUAUGAUUAUGAGGUUUCUGCAAUCCAAGUCUUUGCUCCUCCUUUCAGAGACGAAAUGGUAGUGCAACACAAACCUGGAAUAGCAGAACUCAGUUAUGUUGUUAAACUAUAGAUACACAUAGUAUCAUAAUAUAGAUUACAGUGAGAAAAGUGAGGAUUCCUUUGGGGGAUUCCAGAGGAUUCUUUGAGUGAGAAGAUUCUAGGUCAGGGUGUAUAAAAUUUCUCAGAAACUUGCUGGAUGAAGACAAAGAGACAAAGCCUAUGUAGAUCUUGACCAUUCUAUCAAUUUUAUCCAAAAUUUGUCUUCUCCAUCCUUUCCACCUAUUGCCUCUAGACUCAUUACUGACCAUAGUUUAGACAGACACUAAGUGCAUGUACCAAGCUUCCUAGCAUUCAGCAAAUUAUAAGCAGAAAGUAAUAAAAACACUGUUAGGAAAUAAUCCUUUAUUGAAUUAAUCCAUAGUUUCUUCAAUAGAGGAAAUCUAUUGAAAAAAAAUUGCCUGUCACUGAUAUUGGCAUUACUAAGAACCUGUACCCAAGUUGAGACUAUGAUUUGAUAUUGUAUUGUAUAGUUUUUUCCAAUAAUAUCUGAAAUAAUUCUUGAUUCUUAAAAGCUGUUUUGGGGAUUCAAGUUCCACAGGCUUCCUCAUAUGCAAACAUUAGUAACAAAUCUGUUCUUCCAAAUCUAACCGAGGUCAGAGACUGCUUUCAGGUGAUGCAAUAACACUAGGGAUCUUAACAUUUUCCUGUAAUAAGCCAACACUCUCCAAAGUCCUUUGUGUUUAAGAUUGCUCCCAGACAUUAGCACUAGUAUUUCUCCUGGUUUGUAAUAUGUCUUUCAAUACAGGCAGACCCAAAUCAGAGUAGGUCUAAGACUUUCUCAACUCACAAGGUGCUAAACCUUACCCUGUUGACCACGGAAGUGCCUCCUCUUAUUUAGCUCAGAAAAUGACAGACUGAAAUUGUAAAACACCUUUCAUUGCUUUCUUUGCACAUCUAGUAACUAUAAUGCAAUCCAAUCAAAUUAUUAGCUCAAAACUGUGAAGACUCCUAGGUGAAUUUGCAAUGGUCCUAUUUCCCUACUCCAUUUUCAGUCAGAUUUCCAUUCCUAGACACAGUCUCUAUUUCAGACCAAUUAGGCAAUUCAGUUAUAGUCCUUUAUUUUUUUUCCCCCUUUUAUUGUUAGUAUAUCCACUUGAAUAAACUGCUAUACUUGAGCCAGUCUGAACUACCUUAUGGAUCUUAUUCCAUAUAUAUUGUUCCCAUUAUGUCUGUCUAGCUGCUAAGUGUACACCAUGAAGUUAACCAUAAACAUAUAAAAUUUUCUUCAAACUAUUUACUUAUUUUUUUUUUCUUUUUGUGAUGGGUACACAUGUAAAUACCACCCAAUAAUUAUUGUAGUGUUAAAAUUGACUUUUCAUAGGUAUAUAUUUUAUACUAACUUUUCACUUAAUUAUUUUCUUUAAAAUCUAAUUAGUGUCUGCUUUGUUUGCUUUACAAAUCCAAUACUCCUCUUCAUUUUAGCCAUCUUCAGAAAUGUUGUAAAUUAGCCAGGUCUUCCUUUCUUCCUCAAGCAUAGCAGGCACAGAUUUACUGAAGUUCAGGCAAUAUGUUUGAUCUGAUGGCUCUUGUGGUCCACUACUGCAAGGAAUGACUCAUCAUCUGUCAGGCAAAUUCCAUGAUCACAUAGAAGUGUUUGAUCUUCUGUCAUCGUUCUUAACCAGCAUGACCAGAUUUGGUAUAGCAUGCAUGCAAUAUUCAUAAAAUCUUCCACCACUGCACUGAAUGGAUGUCUGUCAGCACAUAUUGUGAAAGAUAAGCUAAACUCACUCUUUUCCUUUCACCCAGGCAUGGAUUGGCUUAAAUAGGCAGCUUGAGACAAGAUAUUCUGUGUCUGGAUACCUCAGCCUCUUGAAAGGCAGGGUGUGUGGCACAGUGAAAUACAGUAAUUGUUAGGAAUAAUCAUCUUCUAUGAUAUUUUGGCAAUGAUGUUUAGUUUGCCCCUAAAAACUUUUCAGGGGAACUUUGCGAAACAAGUAACACUUCCAUCCAUGAUGCACAAGUUCUUGCUCUGUGAGAUAACUUGGUACAGUAUUUGAGUUAUAAGCUACAUAGACCACAGCUGUCUGAAGCAUUCUUUCAAUGAGUUUUCAGAAGUGCUUAAUUCCAAAUAUAAAAAAAUAAAUCACAUUGCAAAAUAUUUUAUGGCUGUUCCAAGGCAUAGAAAAUAACAUAGCUGCAAGAAAGGAAUUUUCUGCAAUUCAUUGCUAUAUUGUCAUUAUACUAGAUGUAUGUUGAAAUGUAAACAAGCAAAUAAGGUACAUCUCUGGAAGUUCAGAUUUAAAAUAUACAGAUUCUACUAUCCUUUAUACAUGAACAAACAAAUAAAUGGACUAUCAGUAGAAAUCAUCUCAUGAGCACAUCAGAUGUUUUCAAAAUCAGUAUAAAAUUAAUGAAAUAUGAAUUCAAAUAAAAUAAUUUAAGUUUUCUCUUAAAAUUCUAAGUAAAAUUUAUGUAUUGGGAAUGAUUUUGUAGUUUGCAACUUUAUGAACAGUUUACUCUUGCCUUGGUUCAGAACUUCAUUGCUAUAAGUCAGAAGUCAGAUUAGAUAACUAAUAAUAUAAUAAACCUUGGUAGUUACAGAUUAAAAAUAUUUCCUUUAUGUACAGAUUUUUUUGGUUUGACAUACUUUCUCUCUAGUAGUCUCUAGUACUUCAUCUAUUAUAAUUUUUCUGUUAUGGCUUAAAUGUUUGUUUCAUAUUUCCUGAAGCCAAAUGCAUGAUCUCCUGAGAGUUAAAUUUAGUACAUUAAAAUUAACUCUCUUCCAACGUUUUCAUAUGGCAGCCUGCCCAUAAGAUCAAAACACCAAAGUGUAGGUUAUGUUUAAUUUCUAAAUAAGAAUGUUGUGGACAGAUGUUUCAAAGCUUAAGAUUACUCCGAUUCAUUUUUACAUGGCUUUCUGCCUGGAGAAACAUACUGUAGAUUGCACCAUUGCUGCUUUACUGGUAUAUUGCCAUGGUGACGACAUAUAUAAUUUUAUCAUAACCUUCUGUUAAUGGCCCAAACUCUGUCUUUUCUUAUUACCAUGCCACCAAACCACCAUAUAAAUGUAAAGAACAACAUCUAUCUUUAAUGUCAGCUGAUUUCAAUCAGAUUAUAUGAUAGAUAAUUAUUUUUACCCUUCUCAGUAUUUCUUUAAAGUAUACCCAUCUCAAAGUGACAGUGAGUGACGUCUUCAAUUGAUGCAGUAUGCCCAGCUGUUUCUUCACUGUAUAGCUGUCUUUGUUGGUGUGUGGAAGAUAGUCAGGAUUUUACAGAAACUGUUUGAGUGACCAUUUUAUUUUAACAAGUGUCCCAAUAUUCAUGGUUACAUUUUUGCAUCAAAUUUUUAAUCAGAAAAGUAGAUGAUGUGUUCCUCCUACUCAGUACAUUCACAUUUUUAGACACAGACUCAAAUCUUGUUUGAGAAAACAGGUUUGCAUAAAAAGAUUUCAUAGAUCUUUUAAGUUAUUUUUAUAUAUCAAGAUAAGAAUGGUAGGAGAAAGGGAAGAACACUUUUUUCUUUACUUCCUUAUAUCAGCAUAAUAAUAACAAAUGAUUUUGUUAUUCAGUUUUAACCUAAUUAAUCAACUCAGAAUGUAAGCUGCUUAAUGGAACAAGGACAGCUUUAUGACAUUUGUUACUUUUGUAAAGCAACCGUGAAAAUAUUAUAAAUUCUAGCACAUUUCAACUUCGUUUUUCUCUGGCUGACUUCUUUCUUUUGUUUAUAAAUUAUAUAUUUUAACAGUCUUUUUUUGGAACUCCUUAUUUCUCCUGGUGUAACUGCUCAAAGGAGUCUCUGUCUGGGAUGUUGCAGCAGAGCAAAUUCAGACUGUUCUGCUCAGAGAAGGAAGUGGACAGUUUUGGUUCCCAUUUUGCACUUCUGGAACAGUUUAGGGAAGGAAGCACCUUUACACCUUUUAUUGUUCGUGGUUGCUGACAUAAUAUCCUUCCCUGACUGCUCUGUGCGUGCUUCCUGCUAUUCUGAAAAGAUUCUUAUGUGUUGCAGAGAUGGGAUAGCGAGUAUGCAUGUGUGUGUGUGUGUGUGUGUGUGUGCAUAUAUCUGUGUGUCAGUGUUCAAAAGAGAGACAGUAGCGGUCAAGUGAUUUUCUGCAAUUUUUCUUUAGCUCUUUUCCCUUCUGGAGGCUCAGAUCAAUCUUUUGUCAGCUACCACUGCCUUUUGCCAAAUCAUAUAAUGAACAGAAGACCGCCAAAAACAAAGUUCCUCUUUUUUUAAGCAGGCUGGUUUGUUUUGGUUUUGAUUUUUUUUUUUAACUACUUGGCUUUGCAAAAAGAAUUCAGAAAACUAUAACAAAACAGCAUUUAAUUCCAUGUUUCUUUAAAUGUAAUUUGUUUGCACAUGACUAUAUUAUUCAGUUGGAGGUUUUCUUUUUUUGUGGAGCUACUUCAACAAAGUUCCUUUUUAAAUUCACUUGGAUAAUUGAAGCCUGCAGCACUAUUUGAUUUUUGUAGUACAUUCAACUUUUCUAGUCAAUAUGCUUUAUAAGUGCUAGUAAAAUAACAAUUUACCAGUUAACAGGAACUUUAAAUACUGAUUUACUGAAAUUCUUGGUUCUGCAAGAAUUUUCAAAAGGUAUUGAGAGCACUGGUGAAGUCCUAAGCAGUCAUGAGGAUUUGUUGGUCUCCAGACAUUCUGUUUGACUUGGAAAUUACAAGGCUUUGAAGGUUAUAGACCUUGCAUGAGAUGACUUGAUUUUACUUAUCUGAAAUUCAUUAAUUGGGAAUCAGUCCUGUGAUCUUUUUUAUGUGUUUACUAAGGAAAUAUAUAGAACUAUGAGCUAACACAUAGUAAGAAUAGCACUGAAGGACUAUGAGUUGAUAGGUAUGUGUGUGGGAGUGAGUUUCUAAAAGGAAAUGAAUUUGAUACAAAAAUCGAAAAGCUUUUAUUUGGACUAAUAAGCAAAAGGCAAACUAGGACAUAUAGGAGAAAAGAUUUAUUUUUAAUCCAUGCAAGAAAACCUAACUCACUGCCCAUUGAAGCAAAUUUAUAUUUUUUUGCAAAUUAUGUUUCAUACAGAUGACCUAAUUAUAGGUUUUAUACAAAAUUCUGCUUAUCAAUUCUUGCAUGAAUUACUUUAAAAUAACUUUGUGUAGAUCACAGGAAUUCUAAGGUUCUGAGUUUAAACUGUCUAUAAAUGCUGUUGUUGUUUGAAGACUGGUCUUAAAUGCAGAACUGAUAAGUGUGUGAGAGGGACUCAACAUACUGCUCCUGCACUGUGAUUUUUAUCCUUCCUGACAGAGUUUUCUUAGUAUUAAGUGAUUUUUUUCUGAACUCACUAAGCAUCAGCAUCUUGAUCUGCAGAGCAGCUCAUCUUCACUAACCAGCCACAACUGCUGUAAUCUGCCCACCCUGACCUCCCACGCUGCAGUGAAUAGUUUAGGCAGGCAGAGCUGUAAGCCAAUAGCACCGCUGGCCUCAGCGGAAUGAAAGAAAAGGAAGCUGUCCAUGUGCAUUUGCUGUGGAUUAGAGGAUGGGCUUGCUGCUACAGAGUAAGACAGACUCUCUGAGUCCCGCAUGCGCGUGGGAAGCACCAUUCUAAUUCAUGCUUUGUGUUGGAGCAGGAACGGAUGCAGGGGACUGUGAACUGAGUGGUGCAAGUGCUGAAGAAGGAGGUUUGUUUUGAGGAAACAGGAAAGAGGAAUAAAAGAGAAGGGAAAAAUACGUAAUUUUAAGGAAGAAGGAGAGAAAAAAAAACGGGGACUAUGGGGAGAAAAAAGAUUCAGAUUACAAGGAUUAUGGAUGAACGUAACAGACAGGUGACUUUUACGAAGAGGAAAUUUGGGUUAAUGAAGAAGGCUUAUGAGCUUAGUGUUCUGUGUGACUGUGAGAUUGCCCUAAUCAUCUUCAACAGCACCAACAAACUGUUCCAGUAUGCCAGCACGGAUAUGGACAAAGUGUUGCUGAAAUAUACGGAGUAUAAUGAGCCACAUGAGAGCCGAACAAAUUCAGAUAUUGUUGAGACAUUGAGAAAGAAAGGACUUAAUGGCUGUGACAGUCCAGACCCUGAUGCAGAUGAUUCAGUAGGUCACAGCCCUGAGUCUGAGGACAAGUACAGAAAACUUAAUGAAGAUAUUGAUCUAAUGAUCAGCAGGCAAAGAUUAUGUGCUGUUCCACCACCAAACUUUGAGAUGCCAGUUUCUAUCCCAGUGUCCAACCACAACAGUCUGGUAUACAGUAACCCAGUCAGCUCGCUGGGAAACCCCAACCUUUUACCACUGGCUCAUCCUUCUUUGCAAAGGAAUAACAUGUCCCCUGGUGUGACACAUCGGCCUCCAAGUGCAGGUAACACAGGUGGCCUGAUGGGUGGGGACCUCACAACCGGUGCAGGCACCAGUGCAGGAAAUGGAUAUGGAAACCCCCGCAACUCACCAGGUCUGCUGGUCUCACCUGGCAACUUAAACAAGAAUAUGCAAGCAAAAUCUCCACCUCCAAUGAAUUUGGGAAUGAACAACCGUAAACCAGACCUCCGUGUGCUUAUUCCACCUGGCAGCAAGACUACCAUGCCAUCAGUGUCUGAGGAUGUUGAUCUGCUUCUGAAUCAAAGGAUAAAUAACUCCCAGUCUGCUCAGUCAUUGGCUACUCCAGUGGUUUCCGUAGCAACUCCUACUCUACCAGGGCAAGGGAUGGGAGGAUACCCAUCAGCCAUCUCAACAACAUAUGGUACUGAAUAUUCUCUGAGUAGUGCAGAUAUAUCAUCUCUCUCUGGUUUUAAUACAGCCAGUGCUCUUCAUCUUGGUUCUGUGACUGGUUGGCAACAGCAACACCUGCAUAACAUGCCACCAUCUGCCCUCAGUCAAUUGGGAGCUUGCACUAGCACUCAUUUAUCUCAGAGUACAAAUCUCUCCCUGCCUUCUACUCAAAGCCUCAACAUCAAGUCAGAACCUGUUUCUCCUCCUAGAGACCGUACCACCACACCAUCGAGAUACCAACAGCACACGCGCCAUGAGGCGGGGAGAUCUCCUGUUGACAGUCUGAGCAGCUGUAGCAGUUCCUACGAUGGAAGUGACCGAGAAGAUCACCGGAAUGAAUUCCACUCCCCCAUUGGACUCACCAGACCUUCGCCGGACGAAAGGGAAAGCCCCUCUGUCAAGCGCAUGCGGCUCUCUGAAGGAUGGGCAACAUGAUAACAUUAUUACCUAUUAGUUGGGAUUUUUUUCUUGCAGUGUGUGUGUGCUAUACCUUAAUGGGAGGGGGGAGGGGGGAAGGGUUCAUAUGCAUUAUAUGUGCCGUGUGUGAAAAAAAAGUCAGGUACUCUGUUUUGUAAAAGUACUUUUAACUUGCCUCAGUGAUGCAGUAUAACGAUAAACAGAAAUGCUGAGAUCAGCUUAGCACUUGAGUUGUACAACAGAACACUUGUACAAAAUAGAUUUUAAGGCUAACUUCUUUUCACUGUUGUGCUCCCUUGCAAAAUGUAUGUUACAAUAGAUAGUGUCAUGUUGCAGGUUCAACGUUAUUUACAAUGUAAAUAGACAAAAUGAAAACAUUUGCCAGAAAUGGCAGAUCUUUACUGAGAGAGAAAGCAGCUGUUAUACAACAUAUAGAAAAUGUACAGAUGUUUUGACAGAUCCAGCAGUUGGGUGGCCAUGAAUUUAUGCUAGAAAGAGACUGAGUCACCUAACAUACUGAAAAUGCUCACAAACAUGCAGGCAUUUUGUUAGAGUAUGGCACUCAGUUAAAAAGGAUCAAACCAUUUCAAGAGGACCAUACUUAUAGAAAUAUUGAGUUCAAGGGCUGAUAUAUUUAAUUUCAAAAAUUCUGGGUCUGCAUCACUUAUUAAAUAAAAAAGUAUAAAAAUAUGUACAUUACAUUUUGCUUAUUUUCAUAUUAAAAAGUAAGACAGAGUUUGCAAAGCAUUUGUGGCUUUUGUAGUUUCCUUAAGCCAAAAUUUGUUCUUUUUUCUUUGAUAGCUUUGCUAAUCUUUUAAGCAGUCCUGAAGAAACAAGCAAAAAGGACUUUUUGUAUAGAAAGCACUACCCUAAGCCUUGAGGAACUCCAUGCUUUGCUAAUCAAGAUAACUGUUUUCUCUUUGCAGAAGUUUUGUUUUUGAAAUGUGUAUUUCUAAUUAUAUAAAAUAUUAAGAAUCUUUAAAAAAAAAAAAUCUGUGAAAUUAACAUGCUUGUGUAUAGCUUUCUAAUAUAUAUAAUAAUUAUGGUAAUAGUUUUUGUUCUCUUGAUAGUGGGGAAUUAUAUUUGUGCAGUUGCACAUUUAACUAUUUUCUUUCGGUUUUCUUUUAGUGGGUAUACAUUUUACAGAUCAAAGUCAGCUGCUGAAAGACUGAUCUGUAAACAAUUAGACUUUACCCAUAGUGUAACAACUUAAAUCAUUUUAAUACAGCAUUUUACAAUCAGUUGGGUGAACUGCCAUCCAUUGUAUAUACUGAUUAGUUCUUUCAUGCUGUUUUGUGCAUUGUAACAAGUUAAGGGCCCUUCCAUUACGUAACGUCCUGCGUAUCUUGUAGUUUUCCAUGGGUUAAAUGACAAAGUGGCGUAAUUUGGCCCUUUCUCAUUAAUGAAGCUGGUAUUCUGCCUGUCUGAAUUGAAUGUGCAGCUCUAACGGCUGUAAGCUAUGUGAGUGCAGGUAAAUGUGUGCCGAAGCAGCAGGGGGAGGCAAAGGGAGGGAUCAGCACAAAAGUGCCUGUUGUGUAGAUUCCUCCCCUCUCACAGACAUAAAACUCUUAAAGAGAUUAUCAGUUCAAGGGUGGUUCAAAAUCAGUUGAUUUUACACAGGCAGUAUUGGCCAUCUGGUUCUCAUGGACCUCUGCAGUCACAUCAUCUCACUGUGGACACAUUGUUGAGCAACACUCCCUGUGUGUUUACACCGGAAUAGGACUUGCUUCAGCACAUGGCAUCAACAUUUUCUCCAGCCUCAUAUUGUUCCUUUGACUAAGAUAGCUUGACCAGAGGGAAUGUGCCAUUUUCUUCAAGUCCCUCUUUGUCCCUCUUGUCUGUUAGAAAAAAAAUGGUAUGUUCAAGUGUUUCAGUUUAAUCUUUCUGUUGGAGGGGAAAAGUGUUUAAGCAAAAUGUUAGUGCCAUAGUAAAAGUGUAAUAUUUCUCAUUUUUUCAAGAGUCCUUCUAGGUCUCAACUACAUCCAUUGACAUUAUGAUGAAAAAUAUAGCUGCAACAGCAAAAUGUCAACACAAAGUACUUUGAAGUGAAAUCCAUGCUCUUUUUCCACCUAUACAUGCAGUUGCUGUGCACUGCUAAAUGAUGGAGUGUACUUCUCUGUAGUAGAGAAUGAUGAUCAGACUACAGUGUGCAUUAGGACAUAGGCUCUUCACUUACCAUGACCUUACAGAAGCCUGCCUUACAGGCACUUCCAGCCGUGCAGGGGCUAGUACAUAAUCUGGAAACUCUUUAAGCAGAAUACUGUGCUACUUAUGCAUUCAUUUUACCUCAUGUAGCAAACUGCAGGGUAAACAAAGAUACGCAUGUUUAAAAAGAAAACCAAAAAAUAAAUUAAAAAUUCAAAACAAAACAAAACAAAAAGAUAAAAUGGGGCCCAUAAUUAAUUUUAAAACACAAAAACCCUGUGUUUUAAACCACUUUCUUCACCCUCAGAUUAACCUGUACUCAUAUUCUUUUUUGAGAAUUUUAAACUUUAGUGUGUCAAAAAUAUGCAAAUGUAUCACAAAUAUACCUUGUAAUUUCAAGAAAAAAUACAAUUUUAUUGGAAUAGUAAUAGGAACUUCUCAGUGGGGAAGGGGAUUUGGUCUAUUGAUAUAUUAAAAAUAGCCAUAUUAAUAGUUUACCUUGCGAUUUGCCUCAGCAACACAUGAAAAAAAUGAAAGAUAUCAUUUAAUGAAGAUGCAGUGUAUAAUAUUACUUACUGCAAGUAACUAAGCAGAAAGUAGCAUGAAAAGUAUUGCCUGGGCAAUUUAUAUUAACUCUGACAGUGAUUUUUUGUAUAAACACAAGUAGAACAGAAUCACAUGAAAAUAAAUGCCAGUCAGCCCUCUUGUUCCUGCUGCAGAAGGCAACUAACUUAUACUGGCAAAACUGUGGGGGAUAAUGCAUAUUUGCAAACUGAUCUAAUGAUAAGAAGCACAACUUUGAUUGUGAAGUCACUUUCCGUAAACUAUAACUGUCUACCUUUCUUUUAUCUUUUAUCUGUAUCUUACCAUUUAUUGUAUUUGCAAAAGCUAAUUUGGGUUUAUUGUGUGAUUCCUUUGUAUUUAAGGAGUUUGGGGCAGAGCCCUGAAAGAGUAUUAACAUUUAUUUUACCUUAACCCAUGCUAUAUGAUGUUUUAGGCAACAUUCUUAAUUGUAAGUUCAAACACCUGAAGUGGCAUUCUAGACACCUGCUAUUGUUAUAGAUAAGCUAGUCUCUAUUAAAAGGUGUUGUCAGUUAGUGUUUAAUUGCUAGUGACAAUUAUAUGAUAUACUCUAUCUGCACAACAUAUAUAUUGUAUGCAUUGAGCCAUUCACAGUAAAGCUGCUUUCAUUUCAGUGUCUCUCAAAAAUUGUGGUUUAUAACAAAAUGGCUUAUAUUUUUCCCAGAAGAGGAAUUUAGCAGUUUUUAAUGACUAGUGUACAAAUUAGCUGUUGUCCUCAGAUCUUUUUUCAGGUAAAGCUAGCAUAAGAAUUGAACUCACAGGCUGUUUUCAAGGACAUCAACCCUUUUGUAUUGUAUUUGCAAUCCUAUAUACCCACUUUUAUCUGUAGUCUAACAGCUGUUUUGUUCUCCUUCCUUCACCUUGAAGGUAAAUGCUUUGUAAUUUUUUAAAAGCCACUUGAAACCUCAAUAAAGGCUGUUGCCUAAACAUGGCAUACUUCAUCUGUUCCUGUUUGUGCCAUCUGCUGUGAUGUCGUCAGUUAUAUGGCAUUAAUUUCCUGCCACUACAGGUCUCUUGAAGGACUGAUGGAACAUUGGUAUCUGUUAGAACGCUUCAGACUGUAGAUGUAAUAAAAGGCUUUUGUUAAUAUAUUUUAACCAAAGAUGUGGAGCAAUCCAAGCUUUGAGCCACAGACUUUCUGCAUCAAAACUAUACAUUUGAUUAUUUUCAUAGUCACAUGUUGCAUUUCUACCUUCCCUUCUCAUACCUCAAAUUGAUCCAUACCUCUGUUUGAUUCAAAAAAAAAGGUCAUUUAAGAAAGUAAUUUUUUAAAAAAUUAAAAAUUAAAAAUGCAGUGCUAAAGUCUUUUGUGUAUUUAAUAUCAGACCUGGGUUACCACAGGCAUUACUUGGAUUGCUUCAGAUGGUUUGUUGUAUCCUUUUUUUCUUUUUUUCUUCUCUUUCAUGGGGAUUUGCUUCCAUAAAAUAAUGGUGAUAACAAAAUAGCUUGUAAAUGGGAGCAUACAAGCAUUUGCAACAAAUAUUAAAAUAGAGGCUCACAGCGGCAUAAGCUGGACUUUGUCGCCACUAGAUGACAAGAUGUUAUAACUAAGUUAAACCACAUCUGUGUAUCUCAAGGGACUUAAUUCAGCUGUCUGUAGUGAACAAAAAUGGGAAAAUUUCAAAAGAUUCUCCUGCUGGAAAUAAGGUAUAAUUUGUAUUUUGCAGACAAAUCAGUAAAGUUACUGGCUUUCUUAGUGA